AUGAACCGUCGACGAGUGCUGCUGUUGCUCGUUCUCAUCGGCGUCGCAACGUUUCAAGCGUGCGCCGACGUCGCCGCAAACUCCGGAUGUCCCCCUUUGGAAACAAUACUUCCUUGUAGAUGUUUGUUGCGAGGAGAAGAAUUCCAAAUAUGGUGUUCGCACAGCGACCUGCCCCGGGUCCUAGACGGCCUGAGAGCCGUGGGCCAACACAUAUCGCAACCGAUCGACGAGCUGAUUCUGGAAAAUAACUAUCUUCCCGCCCUUCCCGGCAGGACGUUCUUGCCGCUCAGAGUGAUGCGCUUGAUGCUACGCUACAACGGUCUGGAGAGGGUUUCGAGCGAUUGGCUGGCCGGUUUAGGAGACACCCUCAUGGAGCUGUUCAUAGUGGAACCAGAAUUGCGCACCCUCCCGGACGAUUCGUUACUCCAUAUGAACGCUUUGGAGGCCAUCACCGUGCAAACCGACUCGAUGAAGAGGCUCCCUUUCAUCUCGCGAUUACCGAAACUCAGAUAUGUGCAAAUCGAAUCUGCGUCUUUAUUAGAAUUGGCACCGCUCAACUUCAGAGAUAAUCCGCGAUUACAAAAACUGCACGUGACCAAGAGUCCGAGACUGACGAGACUUGAAGCGAACGUUUUGAGGGAUUUGCCCAAUUUGAAUCUGGUCAACAUAUCUUUCUGCGGCAUCAGUUGGAUUCAUCCGAGAGCUUUCGGUAAUUUGCCGUCGUUAAAAGAGUUAUCGUUGACGGGCAACAAGAUUACGGACGCGGGAAUGGUGGGAAGAGGUACACGCGAUUUACCGGAACUGGAAGUGAUCAAAUUGGACAACAACUACAUCGACAAAAUUGGGGAGGCCACGUUUGUUGAUUUACCGGCCUUGAAAAAACUUUACUUGGCGGAUAACGAAAUAACGGAGCUUCACCACGGCGCUUUUCACAGAGUUCCUUCGUUACGCAGUCUAGAUAUGAACAGGAACAGUCUGCGAAGAGUGCAUCCCGAAAGUUUUCUUCAGCAUUCGGGUAGCGGUUUGGAAGAACUGUGGCUGGUGGACAACGACAUCAGUCAUGUGGCCGAACUGCGAUCACUUUUGGAUGCGUUGCCAAGGCUCACAUUCCUAGACAUGAGUCACAACAACUUGGAAGCAAUACCGUUCGGUGCCUUAAGGGGUCAUCCGACUUUGGAAUAUCUGCAUUUAGAUUACAACAAGAUUCAUCUGAUCGACAGAGAAGCCUUCAUGGCAAUGCCGGCUCUAAGAGAGCUCAGAUUAAAGAACAACUCCCUCUCGGACAUGUUGCAGCAGGGUCCUCUGUGGAAUCUGCCGGCACUAAAAGGUUUGGAUAUAUCCGGGAAUUACUUUAGAAGAAUGGAAUCAGAUUUUUUGGCUAAUUUACCGGCGUUAAGACGUAUAGAUCUAAGCUCCAACGAGCUAACGUACAUCGAUCCGCAGUUUUUCACUUUAACUCCCGAACUAGAACACGUAAAUCUUUCGUUUAAUUCUUUGGCAGCUCUACAUCCUGCAACCUUCAGACAUCUGUUGAAUUUGUAUGAACUGGACGUAAGUCACAACAGAUUGCUAGAGUUCGUUCCAGGUUUGCCACGUGGAAUAGAAUAUUUGCACAUGUCGGACAAUCAAAUUACCGGUUUACCUUUGCAACCUUCUCCCGAUUUGGAUUUGCCGUCUUUAAGACUGCUGGAUUUAGCAGACAACAGGAUACAAAGGUUACCGAAAGGUUCACUGCGAACAAUGCCGCAGCUUAGGAGGUUGUAUUUGUCAGGGAAUUUGAUGCAAGAACUACAAGAGUUCGCGUUGGAAGGCUCCAACAGACUCGAAUUUUUGGAUUUACAUGGCAAUCGCAUUCUAGAGAUACAUCCCAACGCCCUGAAGGAAAUUGUGGAGUUACGGGAGUUGAAUUUAAGCGACAAUCGUUUGGACAUCCUGAUUCCAGAGGUCUUUAAAGCAGCACCGAGAUUAAAGAAGUUGGACGUGAGCAAAAAUCAACUGUCGGAAAUCUUGCCGGGCACCUUUGACCAGAAUCGCGAGUUGCAAUCCGUCGACGCCUCCCACAAUGCCUUGGUUCAACUUUCCACCACGUUUUUUGGUCUGAAACACCUUCAACAGUUGGACGUCACCGACAACAGGUUGAAACACAUCGACCCGGAAAUACUUAGCAGUUUGACGUCGUUACGUGAACUCAGAGCAUCUAAAAACUUCGUUGGCGAACUGAAACAGGGCGCCUUCAACAAUCUACAACAUCUCAGAGUUCUUCAUUUAGACAACAACGAGUUGGAGUUUAUCGAGCCUAACGCAAUUAGGAGCCUCCCUCUUUUAAAAUCGAUUCGGCUGAAUCGUAACAAGUUGAAAGAAAUACCGAACAAUGCAUUCACCAAUUUGCCUCUUUUACAAAUUGCCGAGCUACAAGAGAAUCAGUUACGAAUUAUGGGCCCGAAUGUGUUCAACGUAGUUCCUCAUUUGCUAAUGCUCAAUCUGAGUCAUAACCAAUUCGGAUCGAUCGAAGAUGCCGGUCUCAGGAGUCUCAGAUCUUUGGAAAUGUUAGAUUUAAGCAAAAACAGGAUUAACAGAGUCGCUGCCGGCAACGAUUUAGAGAGAAUGGAGUGGUUGGUCGAAUUAAGGAUGGACGACAACAACAUUUGUGGAGUUCAAGGCUCGUUCAACGGGAUGCCGAGGUUGAGAGUGCUGACCAUGAGAAACAACAAAAUGAUGAGCUUUCCUGAGCAAGCCAUCGAUAAACUUAGAGGGAACAUUGCUGUUUUAGAUAUCGACGGCAAUCCUUUGGUAUGUUCUUGCAACAUGAUUUGGUUGCAAGGGUGGCUCCGAGAAUCGUUGUCAUCGUCGUCGUCAACAACGAAUGCUAGAGGACCAAAAUGUGUGGACGGUUCGCUUUUAAGAGAGAUGCGACUUUCUAGAGAACAAUGUGACGAUGAAAAUGGAAGAAGAAGUAAUGAAAUUGUGGCUCCCGGAUGUGAGGCAGAAUUGCUUUCUGCUCCAGGAAACUAUGGAACGUCACAAGUGUUUUCUCAAUGGAUGAAAUUAACAUCGAACACUACUACGAGAGUGAAAAACACCCUGGCACCAACUCCCGAAGAAUCUGAAUACUUUUACGAUGAAUACGUUGAUUAUCCUUAUAAUGAGACCGAAACUAAUGGAUUAGGCGGUGGCAGGGUUAAGCAACAUUUGUCCAUGAGAACAACUUCAACUACAGCCUCUCCUCACAUAGUCGCUGGUGACACACCCACCAUUUACGCAGCUUCGGGUCAACGAACGAACAAAACGAGGCCAGACAUACCAAAGGAAGUGGUGAAUUCACCGAGCACAAGCGGUUUUACAUUUUUCGGUGUUCCUUUGCCAGCGCUUAAUUUCAACCACCUUUUAAAUGGGAACAAAGGUAGCAAUGGCAGAAUGGAGGCCAAGAAAAUGUUGCCACCACUACAAUCUGUACAGGCACAAAGGAAAACGGCGAUUGUAAACAACCCUAUGAUUAAUGGAAGAACUGGUAUGCACUUUACCGAAUUGACCAAGAUGAAACCUCCAUCACCAGUUCCAGUUAUGCCUCCAGAUUUUCCCGAAAUUCAAACUGGGGGUUUCAAACCUAUUUUACCAGGUUCUGGUGGUUUCUUGCCUAUCGUUAACCCGAGUUUGAUGCCACCGAAGAAAAACGAAACUAAAUUGAAAGUGGAGUCGACAACCUUAAAAAGUUUAGAGUCGAUUAUUGAAAUCUCUACGGUUGAACCUGUAAAAUCUGUACUCAUGACUAGAAAAGGAGAAGACGACGUUCAAUCAGUGCAAUCUAUACAAUCAAUUACGGCAGUUCCAUCGACCGAUUUUCCAGUGGAAAUGGACAAUACAUCACAGCAAAGCAAGGUGAACCAAGAACAACUUAGCCUUGAAAACAUCGAGAUUCUGGAAGCUGCUACAGUUCAAGAAGUACCGAAGGAACCUGCUCCAACCGAGCAAUCACUAGAUGUAAAAGACCUAGAAACACCCGCUCCAACAAACGAACCCCCGAAAGAUGAACCCGAAAUCAUUACAACUGAUAACCCUCCAACAAUUUUACCCGCUACAAUAUCCACUACAAGCACCACCACACACAAAACAGAUACAGAACAGACCCCUCUGCAAGCGCUUUUAGUCCCGGGCGGACAACAACCCCAGUUCAGACCGCCGGCAGGGAGGUCCACCAUCACGAAAGUGGCUUCGCCUCACGCAGCUUCAGCUUCGGCACCACUCCAAUCGAACUUUGAAAUCGCUCAGUUAUCUGAGCCUUUAAAAAACAACAGGGAAGGGAAGAACAGGCAUACACCGAUGGCGGAAGAUCUGGUGUCUGAGAACGAAACCAGUUGGUACUUUGCCAAUUAUAACAAAAGUUCAACGUCGGAACCCUAUAAUGCACAGAUACAGAUGGAUGUCGCUCAAUAUAGUUGUGUGGAAACUGUGAAAGUGGCGUGGCCAAUGAAGUUUCUUUUGAUUUGGUUGACAAUUUUUGUACAAUUUAGACUUUAAAUAGCACUAAAACGGUAUUCUUUUAUCGUUUGUAGAGACUAAUUUUUUUUUAAUAUAAGAUUCAUUUCAGUUUCCUAACAAACAUUUUCAAAAUGUAAACAAAAAUGUACAUACUUAAUUUAACUAUUUUUGACGUUAUGAAUAUAGAAUUCGAACUUACUUAAGAGAAUUGAUAAAAUUACCAUAAAAAAUUAUUAAGAAAUUAUUAGUCUGUGUUAAUUUUUGUGGUCAAUAUUUAUGGCGCUAUGUUCUCUAUGUCAAUUCAGGAAUGUUU